AUGAGUACACAUAUCAUACAAUUGUUACAAGGCCUGUGUUCUGAUGGGCUAUGGAAGUAUGGUGUCUUCUGGUCAUUCAAAAGCGAGAUGAAUGGGUGGAUCUUGACUUGGGGUGAUGGAUAUGUCAAUAAAAUGAUAGAAGACAGACAAAUGGGAGAUCUAUCUGCUGGCCCCACUGUUCGUAAGAAUCAGAUAAUACCUUCCUCGUGCUGCAACAAAAGCUAUCAAUUUUGCCCCAUUGAGGCAGCACUGAUGAGAAUGCCUAGCCAUUUGUACCCUCUUGGAGAAGGGAUUAUUGGUGAAGUAGCACUUACAGGACAACAUUGCUGGAUUUCUGCCAAUGAGCUUUGUCCAACAGCUAUGCAUAAGUACCAAGAAGACUGGCAGCUUCAGUUUGCAGCCGGAAUCAAGACGGUUCUGCUUGUACCAGUGGUUCCUCACGGGGUUCUUCAGCUGGGCUCUUUAGAUAUGGUUUUCGAAAGUGCAGCGUUGGUGGCACUCAUAAAAGACAUGUUUCAUAAGCUUUGUGACGCUUCGGUUUCUCAUGCUCAUGCUUCUUUAUCCACUGGGUCUGCCUACUCAAAUAAUUUGAGGCUACAAACUGCAACUCUAUCAAUCAAUCAUCCAGAUGCUAGCUUGAUUGAUAGUUCUGCUCAGAUCUUGAAUGUUGAUCACCACAGUUUAACACAUCCCUUCAGUACAUCGGAAGUUCCAAUAUUAGAAGACAUCACUAUAGGUUCUUACAGAACUAGCCCAACAGGUUGGCCUAAUGGACUGUUGGGUGAUAAUGGAACCAUUGGGCAUGAAUAUUUCGAAGGCUUUUCUCUGACAGACAUGUCACAUUGGAAUCAAGAGAAUACUCAUGGCAGCACUAUUGUUCUAAAUGAUGGUGUAAUGAUUUCGAAUACUUCAAUUCAUUCAGAGUUUCACAGAGAUCUCAUGGUAAUGUCCAGGGAAGAACAUGAGCUCUUCAUGUGGCAUUGUAGGUUGAAACAACAAGAACCUACAAGCCCUCCUCUCCCUCAAGCGAAUGGCAACAAUGCUGAUUUUUAUGUGCAGCUUGAAACCAACAAUUAUGCGGAAUUGUUACUAGAUACAAUAAUCGACCAGAUUGGUCAUACAUCAAACAGUGAAUCUUUUCCCUCAACUGAUUCUCCAUUUUCAUGCGAAACACAAGUUAAAAAAGAAGAUCACUCAUUGAGGGUGGAUGAAUCGUCAAUUUCUGUUAUCCCAGGCGGUCAAGAACUUUCACCUAUAUCCAUGAAUGAAGGGUUCAUAAGUUGUGCAAUGACUGAUGGAUGCAUGGGAAUCAACAAGACUAUAACCGAAGAAUGCUUAGUUGAAAGUACGCAUGGGAUAAAUUCAGCUGAAAUCAAAAGAAGAUGCAGAAAAGUUGAGCUCCAGAAACUAAGACCAAGAGACAGGCAAUUAAUCCAAGAUAGGAUGAAGGGGUUGAGGGAGCUUAUUCCAAAUGCAUCAAAGUGCAGCAUUGAUGCUCUACUGGACAAAACCGUAGCAUACAUGCUGUUCCUCCAAAGAGUAUCCGAGAAAGCUGAGAAGAUUCAGAAUACAUUGGAAGACAAGGAAUCCCACAAUGAGACAAAGAAGCAACUUGAAGGCUGCCCACUAAGAGUUGAAGAGCUUAAUCAGCCUGGCCAUCUUCUCAUUGAGAUGUUGUGCGAGGACUAUGAAGUCUUUCUUGAGAUGGCACAAGUGUUGAAGGGCCUUAAGGUGAGCAUACUGAAAGGAGUGCUGGAGCAUCGUUCCGACAAGCUUUGGGCUCGCUUUGUCAUCGAGGGUUCGGAUGGUUUCAACCAGAUGCAGAUUCUGUGCCCGCUGAUGCAUCUCCUGAGCAGGAGAUGA